UGGUGAUUUAGAACUUGAGAAAUAUACAUUAUCAGUUUCGCUUCGAAAGCUGGAAUUCCAGAAAGGAAGAAAAAAGGAUUCUCCAACCCAGCAUGAGAUGGUAACAAUGUCACUUUGGCAAAAGGCGAGCCGCAACUCUGAAAAAGAAGAACAGAUUUGCACAGCUACAAGGGAACUAAGGUUUGCACAUUUUCCUUUUGAAGUAAAUGUGGGUCUUCAGGGAUAAGGGAUCUUCUGUAUUACAGAUGUAUAACAGGGAAGGGGAAUCAUAGCAGUACAAGAGGACAGAAUAGCUAAGGACUGCCACUGAAAUAGGAAAAGAGCUUGCAGCUCUGAUUCAUAAAUAUUAUCUAAUUUUAUAUGGUGCCAUCACCACAGCUGGUAGUAUACAUAGAACCAAAAUAAAAGUACUUGCCCCAAAUAACUUACGAUCUAAAUUUAGAUGGGUUGAGACAAGAAAACAACACAGGAUAGGUAAGAGAGACAAGGGGCAACAUGGGGACUAAUACAAAUGGAAGCAUUUGAGAUGGAGAUGCAUGCUGGUAUGUAAUACACUUUUAUUUGACAGUUUCUCAUUUACUCUUGCAUAUUCACAGUACUGAACAGCUGGUGGGAUUGAGGAGUCCGAGAAAAGGUAUUUGGUUUUUUGAAAAAUUCUCUUUAAACCUUCCAUAAACUCAGCUGCCUGAGUUUUCCCAAGCUGGUAUAAAAUUAUAUUCAUCACUGAAGCCUGUUGGCUUCCUAAUGCAAAGCCUACAAAACAACUUAAUUUCUCUUGGGACCUGAAUAUGAAUAAUAUUGUACUUUCCCUUGUGCUGGCUUGAGCACCUGACAUAGUUCAAAUCAGAACCUCUCUCUGCUCCCCACCACAUACUUGCUGUUUACAAUCAAGCAAAAAAUAAAUGGGAGCUUCCCUCUCAUUGCAAACAGCAGGUAUGGAGUCCCAUGAUUUGGAUCGUUUCUGCCACAGCACCAAUCUGGCUUACAUGCACUCUGAUGUCAUUUUUUUAAGUAAGUAUGGCAUUAGCAACAUCACAUCAAGCUUGGCCAACCCAAUAACCCACCAUGCUAAGGUGGUCACACACAUCACAACCAAGAAAGAAGCUCAUCACUCAAGGAGAAUACAAGAGAUGGGAAAGAUCUGCAAGAAAUUUCCAGACACAUAAUUUAUAAGUGUUUAUACAAAUUUAGAAAUACAGUGGUACCUCAGGUUAAAUACUUAAUUCGUUCCGGAGGUCCGUACUUAACCUGAAACUGUUCUUAACCUGAAGCACCACUUUAGCUAAUGGGGCCUCCUGCUGCCCCCAGGCCGCCGGAGCACGAUUUCUGUUCUCAUCCUGAAGCAAAGUUCUUAACCUGAACCACUAUUUCUGGGUUAGCGGAGUCCGUAACCUGAAGCGUAUGUAACCUGAAGUGUAUGUAACCUGAGGUACCACUGUAAUUACUAGAAUCUAAGCAGAACUACAAUGCAGCCAUUUCCUCAUGAUGGGGAAGACUGCAACCCAGUGAUUAAGUGUCAGCUUAAUUUGUUGUCUAGUAGUUAACUGUUGAUAGGCAUCUUCAAGCUCUGCUUUCCUUUCUUAGGGUUAUCUUUAAACUGACCUUGGGCCAGGCAGCCCUACAAAUAGAAGACUUCCCUGUGUACAGUAGGACGCACAACCACCUUAAGGAACCCAGGGUUGGAGAACACAUGCUAGAGGUCCCUGUUACUCAUGAUUCUUCCCUGGGGAUCAGAUCUAUGAACAUCAGUGUGAGUCACUGGACUCACAUGCUGAAAAUGAAUGUUGUGUUUUAUUACCACGCAUCAAUCAAUGUGUUUGUACCCUGCAUAUAAUUGUAUGAACGGGGCAACUCAGGUUCCAAUCAAAGGAACGCAUUCCUGUUGCUAUUAAAUUACCCAAACCGAUAGAGUCAAUUGUUUGCUUCCCCCACAGAAAAUACCGAUUUUCCAGAAAAUCAAAGCUCCACCACAGCAAAAGGGGUUGAUUCAGGAGGCUCCAUCAAGCCACUAGUCUUCCGGCUACAUGACAGCGUUCCUGAAUUAGUCCGUGAGGUUCUACUGGAGCGUGGCUGGAUCGAGUAUGAUGAGCACAAGCAAGAUAACGAGGACUGGAACCUGUGCUGGCAGAACCAGCCUUUCCGGAUGACAGACCACCGAAGCAUUAAACCAUGGCAGAGGCUCAAUCACCAUCCAGAAACCGUCCGGAUCACCAGGAAGGACUAUUUGGCAAGACAUUUGAAGCGCAUGAAGGGAAUCUAUGGAACAACCCUCUACGAGUUCAGUCCAGCAGCCUUCAUCAUGCCCAACGACUACAUUAAAUUUAUAACAGAAUACACCAAGGAGAGGCAAAUACCCGGCAGGAAGCUGAGCUACUGGAUCUGCAAGCCUGUCGCCAGGUCUCGUGGGAGGGGCAUCAUCAUUUUCAAGGACAUUAAAGACUUUGUUUAUGACUGCAUGGUGAUUGUGCAGAAGUACAUCAGCAACCCCUUGCUUAUUUCCGGGUACAAGUGGGACCUCCGCUUUUACGUAUGUGUCGCUAGCUUUUGCCCCCUCACUGUUUACGUGUACGAAGAAGGGCUGGUGAGGUUUGCGACGGAGAAGUUUGACCUCGAGGCCCUGGACAAUGUUUACGCCCACUUGACAAACACAAGCAUCAAUAAGUUUGGGCCCUCGUACAGGAAGGACAAAGACGUCAUCGGCUCCGGCUGCAAAUGGACGUUCAGCCGUUUCCGGGCCUACCUACGUAGCCGCCAUGUGAACGACGUGCGCCUCUGGCAAAGGAUCAACCACAUCAUCACCCUUACCUUGCUUGCCAUCACCCCCUCGGUGCCGUUUACCUCUAACUGUUUUGAGCUCUUUGGGUUUGACAUUCUCGUGGAUGACAAGAUGAAGCCCUGGCUCCUGGAAGUGAACCACAGCCCGGGUCUGCACCUCGACUGUGCCACAGAUGCAGCUGUGAAAAGAAGGUUGCUCCAUGACAUCGUCGACUUGCUGAACUACAAGGAGGCCGACGUGCUGAGAACAAGCAAAGGGGUGAUCCGGAAAGUGUCGUCCUUUGGCCGAACGCAGUCUUUGUUGACUACCAAAACUGACGUCUCUCUAGAUUUCAUGGCUUGUGGGAAAAGAACCAAGUCUGCAGUUACUUCCCCAUCUCCAUCACUCUUGCAGGUUAAUAAGAGGAGCCCAAAGUCUGGCAGGACAGGCAGUGCAUACCCCAAGAAAACCUUAACCUCACAGCUGCGUGAACGAAUGAACACGCCCAAAACUUCCCUGCUGCCAUCUAAAAGCAAACAGUUAUUUAGAACUAGUAGUUCCCUAUAUGAGCCUGUUCAGUCUACCCGGUGGCUUAAUUCAACUGAGCUCUGUACACACAAGCCAUCUAUCCCUCCCUUUUUCCUCUCAGAUAAAGACAAAAAGCCAUUCCCUCGGGUGGGUGACUUUGUCCUUAUAUUUCCUUUCAGUGAUGCAGUCCUUGAAGCAUCUAAGAAUGGGAUCCAUGUCAAAAGUGUAAUAAAAGAAAUACACAAAUUAAUGAGCAAAGAAUUGCAGCCAGAGCACCAGAAAUCAAAUAAAAGCUUAUUUAACCAGUAG